UUCUGGUUUCCCUCGAAGAAGUAGAUUGGGAUAAUGCGAAAGCAUGUAUCUUUAUCAACAUCACCACUCUUUCGGAUUAGGAAUGGGAUUGGAAUGCUCUUCUCUCCUCUGUUCUUUCACGGAAACGCAUCAUCUCCAAUUCCAGACUUCCAUGGUGAAGAAGAAGAUGAAGAAGUGUUGGACGUAUCUCACUGCGUCAUCCAAGACAAGGACCUUCUCCGAAAGAGCCAAAGCUCCGGACUUUACGUCUUGGACCUAAUCGACAAUGGUGCUCUUGAACCAGACCCAACCAUCUACACCAAGCUUCUCAACAAGUGUACCCAACUCGGGAAGCUUCGAGAAGGUCGGAUCGUCCAUACCCACUUCCGCCAAUCUCAAUUCAAUCACUACCUUGUCAUUCUCAAUUCCCUCCUCAACAUGUAUGGUAAAUGUGGCAGUCCCGACGACGCACGCCAAAUGUUCGAUGAAAUGCCCACAAAAGAUAUGGUCUCUUGGACUGCCUUAAUCACUGCCUAUUCGCAGAACGAUAGACCCAUUGAUGCUCUUGUUUUGUUCCCUCAAAUGCUUCGUUUGGGUUUCAAGCCCAACCAGUUUACAUUCUCUAGUAUUCUCAAGGCUGCUGGGGCUGUGCCUAAUGACAGGGAUGGCAAGCAAGUUCAUGGGUUUGUUGUUAAUUAUGGUUUUGAUUCAAAUGUUUAUGUGGGUAGUUCUCUAGUGGACAUGUAUGCUAGGUUCAACCUAAUGGAUGAAGCCCGGUUUGUUUUCUAUAGUUUGCUGAGCAAGAAUGAGGUUUCUUACAAUGCUCUGAUUGCUGGGCAUGCGAGGAAGGGUGAGGGAGAGCAUGCCAUUCGUUUGUUUUGGAAGAUGCAAAGAGAGGAUUUUAGACCUACCCAUUAUACCUAUUCUAGUGUUUUCACUGCUUGUGCUAGUAUUGGAGCUUUGGAGCAAGGGAAAUGGGUUCAUGCACAUAUGAUGAAGUCUGGCCAACAGCUUGUUGCUUUUGUAGGCAACACUAUUCUUGACAUGUAUGCUAAAUCAGGUAGCAUUGAGGAUGCGAAAAAAGUUUUCAAUAGAUUGGUUAGACGAGAUGUUGUUUCGUGGAAUUCGAUGCUUACUGCUUGUGCCCAACAUGGACUUGGGAAGGAAGCUGUCAGAUGCUUUGAGGAAAUGCUUAGGACCGGAAUUGAACCUAAUGCGAUUACCUUCCUAUGUAUUCUCACUGCUUGUAGCCAUGCUGGGUUAUUGGACAAAGGACAGUAUUACUUUGAAUUAAUGAAGAAGUAUGGGAUAGAACCAGAGGUUUCACAUUAUGUCACGAUUGUUGAUCUACUUGGUCGAGCUGGUCAUCUUGAUCGUGCUGAAAGGUUCAUAAAAAGCAUGCCAAUUGAACCCGCUGCAGCUGUAUGGGGUGCUUUCCUUGGUGCUUGCAGGAUGCAUAAGAACAUAGAAUUGGGGGCGUACGCUGCUGAACGUGUAUUUGAAUUGGACCCACAUGAUUCGGGACCUCAUGUGCUGCUCUCUAAUAUCUAUGCCUCUGCUGGUAGAUGGAGUGAGGCUGCAAAAGUGAGAAAGAUGAUGAAAGAGAGCGGUGUGAAGAAAGAACCUGCUUGUAGUUGGGUGGAGAUUGAGAAUUCUGUCCAUAUGUUUGUGGCAAAUGAUGAUGCCCACCCACAGAGAGAGGAGAUCCAUAAGAAGUGGGAGGAAAUAUGUUGCAAAAUUAAGCAAAUAGGCUAUGUCCCGGACACUAGUCAUGUCCUUUUGUUUGUUGACCAGCAGGAGAGGGAAUUGAAGUUGCAAUACCAUAGUGAGAAGCUUGCUCUAGCAUUUUCCCUUCUCUACACACCACCUGGAUCCACCAUCAGGAUCAAGAAGAACAUCAGAGUUUGUGGUGAUUGCCACUCGGCAUUUGGGAUAAUGCGAAGGAGAGAAAUCAUAUUGCGAGACACCAACCGUUUCCACCAUUUUCAUGGUGGCUUUUGUUCUUGUGGGGACUACUGGUAGUAUUAGAAAUCAAUACCUAUCACCUACGAGUACGGUGAUGGUCGGUGUGGUGGCUUUGUUUGCUAUUUGCCUCUUGCAUAUUGGACAGGUGUGGCAUUGAUCUAGGCAAAGCUAUACAAAGUAAGGGUAGUUUAAUAUGCUUGAUAUGGACUGAUGGGCAACAUCUAUGAACUCAGAGCUGUGCAUUUGCAUGUCUUGAGCUUUGAUGCUUUAGUGAGAAUUUGUAUUGGCCUUGGGUUUUCUCUACUUCGUUGUGUAGACAAACCGUACAAGGAUGAAAACAACCAAUGCCAAACCUGGCAAAGCCAAAGGUGUUAAUUUUGAAGACAGUUCAUAUCUACUACAAAUUGAUCGUGUCAUUUGCAUUUCAUCAUCAUCAGGCAACUUUCUCACGAGACUAACUUGGUGGCUUGUGGAAUUUUACAAAUCCACAAUGUAUUUAUCGUGCAGUGCCUUCAAAACGGUUGAAAAGAAUGGGUGAAAGGGUUGUUCUGAAGAUGCAUGGAAAGCAGUUCAUACUGAUAUUGGUAUAUGUGUACUUUGGAUUAAAUUGAUUGAUGAAAAUAUAAAAUCCAAAAUUGGAAAAACUUUGGAGAAGGCAAUACCUGCAGCAGGACUAGCUAUAGCUUUUACUGUCAUCCCAGUUUGGAAAAACCAAUAUCCUCAGCAAUUGUAAAGUCAUUCCAGGUUCACUUACCAAAGCAUAUAUGUACAAUUCAUGGCUCAAUGGUGAUAUGGUUUAAAUUGGUUUGCUUCA